GCGUUAGUCCGUCGUUGGUAUUGAUCCGCUGGACAAAGGAAAACUGACCACCGGUUUAGACUCGCACAAGAAACUAUUCCUCACUAACAGUUCGGUGUCUGUACGGUGUGUGCGGUUCGGUAUUUCUUAAUUAUUAUAUUAGCGCGAAAAAAUUCGUAAUUUAUAUCCGUUGCAGCGCCUGCGUUCGAAAGUUUCGGUCGCUGUACGUGUCUGUGUGCAUUCGUCAAAACUUUACCGCAACUUUAUAUAUUUGUUUCGGAAAACUUUUCACUUUAUGACUUUUUCGAACUGCGCACUCAUUCGGGCAGUUUUCAUUGGCGUGAAACCACGUGUUGAAAGUUGUUGUGAUAUAGAAAUUGGAACGUGAUCAUGUCGGGAAAAUCUAGUAGCAAACGACCGCUGAGAGCUUUAACUGCACACGAAAAAUUGGACGCUAUCCGAAGAGUUCACGACGGGGAAAGUAAAGCAUCGGUGGCUAGAGAUAUCGGUGUACCGGAAUCGACUUUGAGGGGUUGGUGUAAAAACGAAGAUAAAAUAUCUUAUUUAUCUCGACAAUCUAGUCCUGAAACUGAUGAAUCUUUAGAUCGUUCGACGUUAAAUAAAAAACCGAAAUUGGACGAAUCGUUUAAUCAACCUUUCAAUUUAAGUUUGAGAACGAAUAAUUCUUAUACAAUACCUACGGAUACGAAACCAUUAAACUUGCAUAAUAAUACGAAAUCUAAUGUUGCUGAAUCAACUUUAAAAUCGACCAAUCACGUAUCGGAACGCGAAAGAAACAGAGCCGAACUCGCCAGAUUAAGCGUAGAAUUAGGUUUGAAUAGACCUGAAAUGUUUAUGCCGAAUAAUACGAAUAAUUUAUCGUUAUUAUCGGAUUUAAGUACGAAUAUUUCGUUGAUUACUCAAUGGAAUUCGAUAUUAACACAACAACAGAUGAAAGCACAACAACAACAACCGCCGAAUAAAAUCGAUACGACGAAUGCAGUAAGUUCUUCGAAUAAUUUAUUAACUACUGUAGAUCAAAAUAAUUGUCAGUUACCUAAAGAUGUGCAGUCAGUACAAGAUUCGGUUUGGUAUUGGUUAUCGUCUCAACAAAUGUUGAAUAAUAUGAAUAAUUCAGUUCCUACAUCGUCUGUUAAUAAUCAAACGGAAUUAACAGACGAAAGUUCGGUUAAUAAUUUUUGGGAGGAUUUUGGUAAUUAUCCGAAAAAAGGACCGUCGUUGUGGAAAUGGCUCAAUCAAUUAGCUUAUAGAGGUUUAGGAGUUAACGAUCCGAUAUUAUAUCAACAAUUAACUAAAAAUAUAUCGCCUAAAAGCGCCGUUUCAAUACCUGAUCAACAAAACGCCGAAAAUUUAUCAUUGAAAGACGAAAAACAAAAAUUGCUCGAGAAGGCUUCCAAUAAUAAAGUAAGAGCCGUUUUGGAUAAUAUUUUGUUGAAUAAUAACAUCACCGUUACCGAAAAUAAGCGUAGUAAAGACGAGGAUUUGGAUAAGCAAAGAGAAGCGCUUCUGCACGGCGAGAAAUUUUUGAAAUGGUUGGAAUCUUGUAGCGAUCCCACGGUAACUGCUGUCCAAAUAAUGCAGUUCCGAUUGCUUUUGAACAACGUCAAAAACGGAGUCGAUAGAAAAAACAGCGAUACGCAAAAUAAGACCAAAGUCAAAAGAAAGUGAGAUAUUUUUUUUUAAUUUUGUAAAUUAAAGGCUGUUUGUAAACCAAAUAUGUUAAAAAUCAUAUUUAUGUAGUUUAUGUACAGUUGUCACGGGCGAAUUUCAUAGUUGAUUAUUUAGUACAAUCAAAAAGAAAUAUUAAAAUGAAAAGAAAGCCUGUAGUUCCUUUUUAAAUGUUACCUUUAAUUUAUAAGUGUAAAUAUUAUUGUUAGAUUUAAUUAUAUACAUUUUUGAGCCUCGAAAUUUUGACAUUUUUUGCAUUAUUUACAAAAAUUUUAUGUAAUUAAUUUCGACUAACACUAUAUAAUAUCCAACAGACUUUCUUCGACGGCUACUUUAUCAGGAGACUCGAUAAAAAGAUGAUUAAACGUCUUUGUUUAUUUUUUAUUACAAUUUGAAAGGUUUCAUUGAAAUUAAUAAUAAUUUUUCGUAUUUUACGUAAUUAAUUUCGACUCGCACUAUAUAAUAUACAACAAAUUUUUUCGAUAUUUUGCUAGAAUAAAUCGCGUAUUAAAUACGAAAAAAAUUUAAUUAAUUUCGUUUUAAUGUUUCACUAAAAUCGCACGGUUUGUGUUGGUUAAAAGAGGGCCAACGAAAUGUCAUUAAAUUACUGCAUGUAGACGGGGUUGAAAUAAAUUGGGGUGCGUUUUUCAAUACAGACAAAGGGAAGUUAUAUAGGCUAAGAGGAUUUUCUGGGAAUAACUUUUCUAAUAUGUUCCCAUAUUUUUUUUUAUAAUUUUCUAACCAAGUUUAAAGUCUGUUAAUAAAAAAAUUUUCAUUUUGAUUUUUGUAUUUUUUUAAGCUCUAAUAAAAUAGAAAAAUUAUCCGAUUUCAAUGAUUUUUUUUUAUAAAAACUUCGUUUUUAUGACGGAUUUAUCUCAUUUGAAGAUUUCAUAUAGAUUUUUGACGUAAAUGUUAUCAUAAACCCACUUCUUCGUAAAUGUAAAUUUUAACACAUUGACGAGUGUGGUUCGAAAAUUAACACUUUCUGCUUAAAAAUAUUUAAUUUAAAUACAAAUUAAUAAAUAAAAACCCACGUUUUAGUCAAGAUUUUCCACCAGAUCGUUCUCGAAUUGCUUGCUAUUUGACAAUUGAAGUAUUUAACAGUAUAAUUUUAUAUGAAUAAAUUUUGGUAAAACAUUGAGUCAGUUCGGUCCUGUAUAGUUUCGUCAGAUAUCUUCGUUUUCUGGGUAUAGUUCCAAAAUAAUAUUCAAAAUGAUGUUGUCUACUUUUUUGUAGAUAAAAAGGCAAUAGAAUUCUGGUUUGUUUUAUGUCGCGAUAGUCGUUUAUGGUUUUUAUAAUAAGAAACUGUGUAAAUUACACCAUAAAAAAAAACGCUAGAUAUGAAGAGAAUUAAUAUAUACGAAAAGAUCGAAAACUAAAAACAAAAUAAUUAAUUAAUUAACGGAGUACUUUAUGAGAAAAAGCAUCAAUAAAUUCGCUAUAUACUUAUAAUAUUAAUACAGGGCGUAUUAAAUAAUUGGGUCCAUAUAUAAUUAUGCCGAUCAAUAAUUGAGGAUGUAUGUACAAUUAACAUAUUUGGACAGUUGGAACUGGAGAUAAUUUUCUUUUAUUAUUAUUAAACAAUUAAAGUCAUGAUUCAUUACAAGGUAUCUCAAAAUUAUAAUUAUAUUAAUCACGUAUUGAACUAAAAUAUAGUGUGAGUCAUAUGUCUCAUAGAUUGAGACUAAAAUGUAGAAAAUAGUGCCGAAAAUGCUUAAAAUUUUGAGGUUAUGUAUUAUAAAUUAUAAUUAGAUAAUGUAGGAAUUUGCAUUUGUGGUAAAAUUCCUCGAAUUGUGCCAAUGUUUUCAAAUUUUGCUCAAGGAUAAAUGUACCUAUGACAUCCGAUCAGCAACUAAAAAGAAUCCCUAUUUAAAAUAAUUUUAAUAUAAUUGACGUAAUCGUUGACGUUUCGAUCAAUAAUUAUUUUGUCUAAUACAAAAUAAUUCUUCAUGUAUUUUUUUUUUAUGUUUUAUCCACUAAUUCAUUGGAUUAUUUCUUUACGCAAACAACCAAAAGUCGUUGGAAUGCAAAUCAGGGAAAUGUAGUGGGUGAUGAUGCAAUUCAAAGUUUAUUUCAAUAAAUUGUUUUUUAUUUUAUUUUUUUCGCAUAUGGGACUAUCGAUCAAAUAAUGUACAUUAUUAGUUAUUGUUGAUUUUAGUACGUACAAUGUACCGUGUGUAUCCCAAAUUCAGAUAUUUUUUAAUAGAUUUUUACGUCUUUCGCUGGAUCCAAUCAACUUAUGUGGAUGCCUUUGUGAUGUGUAUGAUUCUAAUACCUAUUUUUGACUUACUGAUUCGAUAUUUAUAUUAAAAACACUAUUUUUUAUCACCACUGCAUCUAUUCUAACAAUUACAAUGUACAAGGUGUUUCGAUGAAUAACUUAUCGUCUUCAGUGCGUUUAAUUUGACAUUUGUUAUUUAAUAAAUUAAAAUCGAACAAAGAAAUAUGAUUUUUUAGUGAUUUAUUGAUCGAAUCUAAUGAUUAAAUAACUUUUUUUUAAAUAUCGAUCUUAUAUUUUGUAUCUUACGUCUCUGUGAAGUAAUCAAAUAUUAAUAAACAGUCCGAUAGUAAAUUUUGCAAAUACAACCUUAAUUGAAAUAUCUUGUAAGUACAAUAAAUAGUUAACGAACAAACUGACAGUUCGAAGUUUGUAGUUUCUAUAUUUAGUUAUUGACCAAAAAAGUUCUACAAUACACAGAGUGUCCGUAUAAAAACAAAUACACAGCGGAGACGUAUAGGGGAUACCAAUAAUAAUUUUCUAACUUAGAUUACCCCUUAAGAAUGCCCUUAAUACCUCAUACAAUGUAUGAAAUUUGGAAUUUUUAAGUUAGAAACUUCGAAAUUUUUGCAUCCUCAGGGGUGCAACUUUGUAUAGGAUGAAUUUGCUUCUGAUUGUUGCUUAGACGUAUCUACUAUACACCCUGUAUAAGAGGCGUCAAUUUUUUUGGUUUAUUUAAUUAAAAAAUGAAAAACCGUUGCUGAUUGGAUAAUUUAACUGAAUUCUCUAUCGCAAUGAGCAUAAGGUUGUUAUUUUAAAAAUGACUAAGUUAGUGACUAAAAAAGAUUUUGUUUAAUUUUGUGUUUUUUAUUCGUAAUUUUGACGCGUGGCUCUGGUAUUAGUUACCAAUUACCUACUUUGCCAAAUAUUUCCUUAUUUUUGAUCUCGUUUUUUUUUGAAAUACACCGAGAACAACUCACUAGUGAUAAGUUUGAUUUUCAAUAUUAAAUAUGCCAAAAAUUGUAUUGGUGUCGGUGUAUUUCGAUGUUUUGCGACACAUACCAUGAAAUAUUAUUUUUUUUGUAUAUUAUUAAUAUGGGAUAUUUUUGUACUAAUAAAUUUCUAAAUACUUAUUUCA